GUGUGUGAAAGCGUGCGACAGCCCCACCGUUGCCUUCCUCUACACAACUUUUUUAUUGCAAAUACGAAAUUAUGCAAACCUUCUGUAGAAUUGCACCCUCCGCCAUGGCCUCCUUCCCUUGUUCUAAGACUCAGACAGGGGUUUGUGUAUGGCCUGGUUUGAGACAGCUUUCUCUUAGGAAGAAUCUCCUCUAUGGAUUUAUGCAGCUUUUCUCAAUGCCGUUUAAGACCAUACGUGGAGUUAGUCGGACGCUUGGAGUUUCUAAUCUCUGUAGCAUUACCAGUACGUCUUCUAGUUUGCAAAUCGAACUGAUACCAUGUCUCCAGGAUAAUUAUGCAUAUCUAUUGCACGAUGUGGAUACUGGAACAGUUGGUGUUGUGGAUCCUUCUGAAGCUGUUCCUGUUAUAGAUGCACUUAGUAGAAACAACCGCAAUUUGACUUACAUUUUGAACACACAUCAUCACUAUGAUCACACUGGUGGCAACAUGGAGUUAAAAGCAAGGUAUGGGGCAAAGGUAAUUGGAUCUGGAGUAGACAGUGAUAGAAUACCUGGUAUU